AUGGAUCCACGUCUUGAUUGGGAUCUCGAAGAGGAGCGCAUUUGCUGGAUCUGCCUGAGCGGCGAUGAGGAGCAGCCGCCUCAGCGCAUCGAUUGGCUGCACCCGUGCCGCUGCCGUGGCAGCACCAAGUGGGUGCAUCGCGUCUGCCUGAACCGAUGGAUCGAUGCACAGCAGCGGCAGCUGCAGCAGCCGGAUCAGCCGAUCGUCUGCACCCAAUGCCGCACACAAUACAUUAUAGUGCUGCCGUCGCUCAAUGCCUUCGACAGGAUCCUGCAAGGGCUGUAUCGGUUCUACAACUCGGUCUGUCAAUCCAUGCUCGCGUGCACGCUCUCGUCGGUGGUUUACCUUUCGGCGGGGGCCUAUGGCGCCGUCACAAUGAUUCAGAUCUUUGGCUUUCGCGUGGCCAUGACGCUCAUCAAGGCGGAGCCCGUGGUACUUAUGGUAGUCCUACCGACGAUACCCACUGUGCUGGUGCUGCUGCGUGACUUCCAGUGGGACAUGCACUUGAUUCGCUUGUGGCGCAGCCGGCGCACCGCUCGUCCUGCAGUUUUGGCUGAAGAUAGCCACAUGCUGCCCGGUGCUCCGCUCGAUGAUAACUACUACGCUGCCAUGCCACUACUCGAUAAUCUGGAGAUGGAAAUCAUGCACGAGGAGAACUUCCUUGGCCUGGAGGGCAUUGCAAAUGCCACAGAAAGCUUCGUCGUGGCCCUCAGUCUGCCCAGCAUUGCCAACCUGCUGGGCCGCACACUGUACGCGAAGGUGGACAACAAGCUGCUGGGCACCGUGCUGGGCGGCCUCACCUUUUUGGGAUCCAAAGCACUGGCCAGAGCCUACAUGCGCCACUGCAAUCGGCAGUGUCUACGAGGACGUCGCGUUCUUGAUAGCGUUCCGUUGAAUGUGCAGCGCUACAAUUCGCUGCGUGAGUCGGGCAGCCGCAAUAUCCCCAACACGCAGUAA